GUCGUCCUCUCUCUUUUCUCUAUGGUUUCCCCUCCCAGUCUCUUCCUCACGGCGACGGGAAAUGGCGGCCGAGCUGCGAUAAGGGAGCGGGGCAGCUGGGAGCGCCGCCCGCCAGGAAUUAAUAUUUCUGAGAGCACAUUUCGAGAAUUUUAAAAUCACUUCAUUGAUUAACAUCUAGAGGCCUAAGAAGUAAUCCACUGAAGAAAAUGGGUAGAUCUAAUUCUAGAUCUCAUUCUUCAAGAUCAAAGUCCAGAUCUCAGUCCACUUCUAGGUCGAGGUCCAGAUCACAUUCUAGAAAAAAGAGAUACAGUUCUAGGUCUCGGUCCAGGACAUAUUCACGAUCUCGCAGUAGGGAUCGUGUUUAUUCUAGAGAUUAUCGCAGAGAUUACAGAAAUAAUAGAGGAAUGAGACGCCCCUAUGGUUACAGAGGAAGAGGUAGAGGGUAUUAUCAAGGAGGAGGUGGUAGAUAUCAUCGUGGAGGCUACAGACCUGUCUGGAAUCGAAGACACUCCCGAAGCCCUAGGCGGGGUCGUUCACGUUCCAGAAGUCCAAAGCGAAGGUCUGUGUCUUCCCAGAGGUCCAGGAGCAGAUCUCGUCGAUCUUACAGAUCUUCCAGGUCUCCAAGGUCCUCUUCAUCUCGUUCCUCAUCCCCAUACAGCAAAUCGCCUGUCUCUUCCAAAAGACGUGGCUCUCUGGAAAAGCAGGCUAAGAAAACUGAGGGAGCUCCUCUGCAAGAUAGCCCUUUAAAAAGUAAAUCACAGGAUGAACAGAAAGAUACAUUUGAACAUGACCCAUCUGAGUCCCUUGAUGACUUUAACAAAUCAUCAGCAGCUUCUGGUGACAUUUGGCCUGGCCUUUCAGCAUAUGAUAACAGUCCAAGGUCACCCCAUAGUCAUUCUGUUGCCUCCCCACCCAGUCAGAGUUCAUCUUGCUCUGAUGCCCCUUUGCUCAGCACAGUUCACUCAGCUAAAAACACACCUCAACAUUCACAUUCCAUUCAACAUAGCCCUGAGAGGUCUGGCUCUGGUUCCCUUGGAAAUGGUUCCAGUCGCUACAGUCCUUCUCAGAAUAGCCCAUUGCAUCACAUCCCUUCAAGGAGAAGCCCUGGAAAGACAAUCCCUUCACAGAGUGCUCCACGUGAGGAGGCUCGAAUGCGCUCAUUUUAUCCUGAAGCUGGGGAACAGGAAACUGCAAAGGGUGGAAAGUUUCUAAAAAGGUACACAGAUGAAGAGUCUAGAGUAUACCUGCUUGAUAGGGGUAAUACCAGGGAGAAAGAGGCCCAGAAGGAGAGAGGAUCAGAAAAAGGGAGGACAGAGGGAGAAAGGGAAUGGGAGGAUCAGGAAGCUUUAGAUUAUUUCAUUGGUAAAGAUGCUGGGAAACAAAAGUUCAGUGACUCUGAAGGGGAGGAGACAGAGGAGACAGAGGAUUAUGGACAGUUCAGAAAAUCUGUCCUCGCAGAUCAGGGUAAAAAUUUUGCUACUGCAUCUCACCGGAAUGCUGAGGAGGAAGGAACCAAAUACAAAUCUAAAAUUUCAAUGAAGGGCAAUAGAGAGAGUGAUGGAUUUAGAGAAGACAAGAGUUAUAAACUUAAAGAGACUGGCUAUGUAGUGGAAAGGCCUAGUGCAACAAAAGAUAAGCACAAGGAAGACGACAAAAGUUCUGAGAGAAUAAUGGUGAAGAAAGAAACUCAGUCACCUGAGCAGGUAAAGUCUGAAAAGCUCAAAGAACUCUUUGAUUACAGUCCCCCUCUACACAAGAAUCUGGAUGCGAGAGAAAAAUCCACCUUCCGAGAGGAGAGCCCACUUAGGAUCAAAAUGAUAGCCAGUGACUCCCAUCGUCCUGAAGUUAAGCUCAAAAUGGCACCGGUCCCUCUUGAUGAUUCCAAUAGACCUGCUUCCUUGACUAAAGACAGGCUGCUUGCUAGUACGCUUGUCCAUUCUGUCAAGAAGGAGCAAGAGUUCCGAUCCAUCUUUGACCACAUUAAGUUGCCACAGGCCAGCAAAAGCACGUCCGAGUCAUUUAUUCAGCACAUUGUGUCUUUGGUUCAUCAUGUCAAAGAACAAUACUUCAAGUCAGCUGGAAUGACCCUAAAUGAGAGGUUCACUGCGUAUCAAAAAGCUACUGAAGAACAUUGCACCCGGCAAAAGAGCCCAGAAAUACACAGGAGGAUUGACAUCUCUCCAACUGCCCUGAGGAAGCAUACCCGUUUAGCAGGUGAAGAGAGAGUCUUUAAAGAAGAAAGUCAAAAAGUAGAUAAAAAAUUAAGAUGCGAUUCUGCUGAUCUUCGGCACGACAUUGACCGUCGUCGAAAAGAGCGAAGUAAAGAACGAGGGGACUCUAAAGGUUCCAGGGAAAGCAGUGGAUCAAGAAAGCAGGAGAAAACUCCAAAAGAUUACAAGGAUUACAAAUCUUACAAAGAUGACAGUAAACAAAAAAGAGAGCAAGACCGUUCUCGAUCUUCCUCAUCUUCAUCCCCAUCUUCCGCCUCAUCCAGUUCACGAGAAGAAAAAGAUGGCAAGAAAGAAAGAGAUGAAGAGUUCAAAACCCACCAUGAGCAGAAAGAAUAUUCAGGUUUUACAGGAGUCAGCAGGCCGAGAGGCACCUUUUUUCGAAUUAGGGGCAGAGGAAGAGCCAGAGGCGUUUUUGCUGGAACAAAUACUGGUCCCAGCAACUCAAAUGCUACUUUUCAAAAGAGACCGAAGGAAGAGGAGUGGGAUCCUGAAUAUACCCCAAAAAGCAAGAAAUACUUCUUGCAUGAUGACAGAGAUGAUGGUGUGGAUUAUUGGGCCAAAAGAGGAAGAGGCCGUGGCACUUUCCAGCGUGGCAGAGGGCGGUUUAACUUCAAAAAAUCAGGUAGCAGUCCAAAGUGGACACAUGACAAAUACCAAGGGGAUGGGCUUGUGGAAGAUGAAGAAGAAACAAUGGAAAAUAAUGAAGAAAAGGACAGACGCAAAGAAGAAAAGGUAGAAAACUCUGGCUUGUCGAUGAAUUGAAGAACAGAUUUCCUUCCUCACCAUACCCUAAGAGUAAUAUGAAGAAAAAUUCCAGCUGAAAAAGCAGCCCUUGCACCACCCACACAGCAUUUUUAAUAUUUUUUUGUCGUCAAAUGAAUGUAAGCAUUUUACUUAAAUUUUACUGUUUAAAAGUAGUUUAGAGGGAUUGUUUUUUGUUUUAAGCCUUUAGAGAUCUUGAUAUAGUAAACUGUAUGUUGACGAUCGUACAGGUAGAAAGUAAAAUGAUAUUUGUAAUUAUCAACUUUUAAGAACUUUUACUGUCUGUUAUAUACAGUGUAAUUCUGCUCUGUCCAAAAGAUAUGGUCAAGUGCAACUCAAAAGUUUUGAUUCUCCCCUAUGACGCUGUGUUUUAUUCUGAAGUAAACUUAUAGCUCUGCAU